UCAUGACGGCGCGUGUUGGUUCCUGCUUUUCAUUCGACUCCCUCCUUUUCUUUUAUUGACUAGAAAAUCAGCUAAUGAGAGAAGGCACCACACCUGAGGGAACAGUGUUUUCCGCAUUAGCAAGAAAAAAAAAAGAAAAGAAAAGAAAACCUGCCUUAAGCUCCGUGGAGAGAGAAAGCUCGCGCACUCGCUCGCGCGCCUCGGCUUUAGUCGCGUGAGCGCGCGGACACCCUCUAGUGCCGGAGCUCUUUUUGCGAAAAUUAUCUUUUUCUCCGGCGCGCGCCGCGGCGAAGGGGAGAAUAAGAGAGAGCUUAAAAAAUAGUGUUUGUUUUUCUUUUUUUUUUUAUUAAUGCUUACUUCUUCUUCUUCUUCUUCUUCUUCUUCACUACUACCUCCUGAAGACCGCAUCACGGUCCAGUCGACGUCUGGAAGGAAGGAGAGCACAGUCGACGUCUGCUUCUUCUUUUUUUUUUGCGGAGAGUUUGGCGCCAAAGAGGAGUAAAAAAUAAAUAAAUAAAUAAAUAAACGGCUCGCGCCUCCAUCCUCGCGCACCCCUCGAGACGUUCUUCUGAGUGAAAGAUGUGCGCGUGAGGUCAAAAACAACGGCGGGAUUUUGACAAGAGAGAGAAAGAGAGAGAGCGAGAGAGAGAGAGAGAGAGAGAGACACUGUGGUGAUGUCCUGAGGACCUCAUGUUAAUAUAUCUCCGUAUUUAAUAUAAGGAGAAGAGGAAGAAGAGGAGGAAGAAGAAGAGGUUGUUAAAGAGUCUCUCGCUGACUGGAUAAAAUCCUUACAGGACAAGUUUCAUGCACCGAGCUAUGGAUUGGUGUUUAAGGCGCAUAGCCGCGGUCCAUCGGCCAUUUCAAACGAUUUAAAGUAGUUUAAGGAAUUUAUAACCAUCAUUGGUAAUCUGUUUCUUUUCACACAGGAUCCUGUGCUGUGCUGGAUACUUAAAACAAACAAACAAACAAACAACAAUGACUUUUCAACUAAGAAUCUGCCUCAGUUUUGCGUUCAUGGGAGUAACGUUAACGGAGCCCGAGCAUCCCAACCAAGUGGUUCUCCUGGACACCACAGCUGUAUUGGGAGAACUUGGUUGGAUGACCUACCCGGUAAAUGGGUGGGACGCCAUCACAGAGAUGGACGAGCAGAACCGACCCAUCCACACCUUCCAGGUGUGCCACGUCAUGGAGCCGAACCAAAACAACUGGCUGCGCUCGAGCUGGAUCGCGCGACAGGAGGCUCAGAGGAUCUAUGUGGAGCUGCGCUUCACGUUGCGCGACUGCAACAGCAUCCCGUGGGUAUCAGGUACCUGCAAAGAGACCUUCAACCUGCACUACCUGGAGACGGACGAGCCUCACAGCCACUUCCGUCCCUCUGACUACGCCAAGAUAGACACAAUCGCGGCCGACGAAAGCUUCACGCAGACGGAUGUGGGGGAACGAGUUCUCCGGCUGAACACGGAGGUGCGAGAGCUAGGGCCCGUACGCACCAAAGGCUUCUACCUAGGCUUCCAGGACGUGGGGGCAUGCAUCGCCCUGCUCUCUGUGCGGGUCUACUACAAGAAGUGUCCGUCCACUCUGAGGAACCUGGCCGCCUUCCCUGACACGGUGCCUCGUGUCCACUCAUCUGCUCUGGUGGAGGUGAGGGGAGCCUGUGUGCUGAACGCCGAAGAGCGAGACACGCCACGGCUGUACUGUAGCGCUGACGGGGACUGGCUCGUCCCACUGGGAAGGUGUGUGUGCAGCGUCGGCUAUGAAGAGACCGACGGCCUCUGUCUGGCCUGUAAAGCCGGCUUCUACAAGGCCUUCGCAGGAAACAUCAAGUGCUCCAAGUGCCCUCCACACAGUCUCAGCCACUCUGAGGCAUCGGCGCUGUGUCACUGCGAGAAAGGAUACUACAGAGCUGGCAAAGACCCGCCGAGCAACGCCUGCACACGACCACCCUCACCUCCUCGUAACGUGGUGUACAUCAUGAACGAAACUGCACUGUUCCUGCAGUGGACUCCGCCCAGCGACACGGGCGGCCGGAAGGACAUGAGCUACAACGUCAUGUGCCAGCGCUGUAGUGUCGAAGGCCAGGCCUGCCAACCGUGCGACAGCGACGUGCGCUUUGUUCCGCCGCCUGUAGGACUGACACGUACCUCUGUGGCCGUGCAGGACCUUGUGGCCAACGCUAACUACACGUUCCAGAUCGAGGCGGUUAACGGCGUGUCAGGAAUGGGACGAGCGGCGAGACCGAUGGCUAACAUCACUGUCAGCACCGCACAGGCUGGUCCGUCUUUGGUGGCAGCGGUGAAGAAGGACUGGGCCACUCAGAACGCCAUCGCUCUCUCCUGGCAGGAGGCCGAACAGCCACAUGCUGCCAUCCUGGACUACGAGAUCAAGUACUACGAGAAGGAGCAGGAGCAGCUGAGCUACUCGUCCACUCGCACUAAAGUUCCCAGCACGAUCGUAACGGGGCUGAAGCCGUCCACGGCGUACGUGUUCCACAUCCGAGCUCGCACCGCGACCGGCUACAGCAGCUACAGCUCCAAGUUCGAGUUCACCACAGGAAACGAUGACUCAGAGGAAGCGUCCGAUCAGGGCCAGGUGUUGGUGAUUGUUACGGCGGCGGUCGGAGGAUUCUCUCUGCUCGUCAUCCUCACGCUUUUUCUUCUCAUCACGGGCAGGUGCCAGUGGUACAUCAAAUCCAAGAUGAAACCACAGGACAAGAGAAGGACACAGUAUCAGAAUGGACACGUGCCGUUCCCGGGAAUCAAGACAUACGUCGAUCCCGAUACUUACGAGGACCCGACUCAGGCUGUUCAUGACUUUGCAAAGGAGAUUGACCCGGCUCGUAUCCGCAUAGAGAGAGUCAUCGGAGCUGGUGAGUUUGGGGAAGUGUGCAGUGGUCGUCUCCGCACUCCAGGGAAAAAGGAGAUCCCUGUGGCCAUAAAGACCCUAAAGGGCGGCUACACAGAGCGGCAGAGGCGGGACUUUCUGCGAGAGGCGAGCAUCAUGGGACAGUUCGACAACCCCAACAUCAUCAGACUGGAGGGCGUGGUUACGAAGAGUCGCCCUGUGAUGAUCGUGGUGGAGUACAUGGAGAACGGCUCAUUGGACUCUUUCCUGAGGAAGCACGACGGACACUUCACCGUCAUCCAGCUGGUCGGUAUGCUGCGCGGCAUCGCCUCCGGUAUGAUGUACCUGUCCGACAUCGGCUACGUCCACCGGGACCUGGCAGCCCGGAACAUUCUGGUGGAUGACAACCUGGUGUGUAAGGUGUCGGACUUCGGCCUGUCCAGGGUCCUGGAGGACGACCCAGAGGCUUCCUACACAACUACAGGAGGGAAAAUUCCCAUCCGUUGGACGGCUCCGGAGGCCAUCCAGUACAGGAAGUUCUCCUCAGCCAGCGACGUCUGGAGCUAUGGCAUCGUCAUGUGGGAAGUGAUGUCUUACGGAGAGCGGCCAUACUGGGAGAUGUCCAAUCAGGAUGUGAUCCUGUCCAUAGAGGAGGGGUACCGGCUGCCGGCGCCUAUGGGCUGCCCCGUGGCUCUGCACCAGCUGAUGGUUCACUGCUGGCAGAAGGAGCGCAGCAGGCGGCCUCGCUUCCACGACAUCCUCGGCUUCCUGGACAAGCUCAUCCGCAACCCCAGCAGCCUCCUCACGCUGGUGGAGGACGUGCACAGUUUACCCGAAUCCCCUGAAGAGCUGCCUGACUAUCCUCUCUUCAUUUCCAUCGGCGACUGGCUGGACUCCAUCAAAAUGAGUCAGUACAAGAGCAACUUCAUAGCGGCAGGGUACACCACUCUGGACUCCAUCUCCAGCAUGAGCAUUGACGACAUCAGGAGGAUCGGCGUGUCUCUGAUCGGCCACCAGAGGAGGAUAGUGAGCAGCAUACAGACACUGCGACUGCAGAUCCUGCACAUUCAACAGAGCGGCUUCCACGUAUGAGACGGACCGGCCCACACACACACACACACACACACACUUACACUAACACUCACAUGCACAUACACACACACACACAUACACACACACACAGUCAGGCCUGGUCUGUUUUACUAAGCGCGAUGAAAGAACUCUGAAAACUUUUCACCCGGCUGUUGAAAGGCUUCCAAAACGAAAAAGCAAUCAAAGAGGAAAAAAAAAAAAAACCCACAAAGAGUCUCUGGGAGAUGGACAACCGAUCAGGGUUGGAAACAUGGCGCUGUCGCUAUGGUGAUGUCAUCUGUCAGUCAGUCGGUCAGUCGUCCACGAUGUUCCGUGACUGGCUGGAUUCACAGUCGGAGAACUUUGAAUAGUAUAUUUGCUAUUUUAAUGUAACAAAGUACGUGUCUUAAUAGAUAUUUAUCAUUUAUUUAUCAUGCUACUUCCAGGAAAAUAUCGAGAGACCUUCAGAAUGUCCGUGGACGUGUAAGGCUAGUUCCCAUCGUUUAUCAUCUGAUAUUUAUGCCGGUAUUUAUGUACAUGUACAUGUGUAUGUCGGGGGAGGGGGUUAUUGUUGUUGGUGUUGUUUUAUUUAUUUUUUUUAUAAAUUUUUUUAAUUCGUUUGGGGUUUGUUUUGGGGUUGUUGUUUAGUUUUUUUUUUGUCCAUAGCAAUAUGUGCAGUCUUUUUUCGGGACGAAAGAGAAAAGACGCAGGAACGGGAGAAGGGAGUAAGAGUACGGAGUUGUGUUUAGAAAAACAAAAAAUAACGCCGCACAAAACCAUUGACCUCCUCAGGCAGUCAGCUGCACCGUGCAAGAACGUUCUGGACCUUUGGGAAGAUUGAAAGCCAUGGUCUCGUGCUCCUGCAUCAGACCUCACACAAUCAAUUGUACACACCGGGCUUCACCUUACAGACCUGCAUACUCCGCUGUGAUGCACAAUAUUUAUAAAGCUCUUUUAUUUAUUUAUUUAUUUAUUUAUUUAUUUAUUUAUUUCUCGAGACAGGUGAGAUUGUCACGGCGAGUUAGUUAGGAGUCGGUUUUAGUAUAAAUAGAAAACACGUAUUGAAUGUAGGAUGGUGUGUAGCAGAGAAAGUCCUCGGUCUCUUUCUCACACACACACACACACACACAAACACACACACAUACACAUACACACACACACACACCUUACAAGUUAUCAUGCUUACUUAACAAUAAUUCAGUGAUAUCCUCGAUUAAACACCUUACUUUACACACACACACACACACACACCUCACAGGCCUGUGUAUUUUCCGGUUAAUGCACUGUAUAGCUUACUGUAUAAACACACACAUAUACACACACACAUAUACCUUACAAGUUAUCAUGCUUACUUCACAAUAAUUCAGUGAUAUCCAUGAUUAAACACCUUACUUUACACACACACACUAACAUAUAUAUACACUCACACCUUACAGCUUAUCAUGCUUACUUAACAAUAAUUCAGUGGAAUUCUCGAUUACACACCUAACUUUACACACACACACACACCUCACAGGCCUGUGUAUUUUCUGGUUAAUGCACUGUAUAGCUUACUGUAUAAACACACACACACACACACUAACAUGCAGAGGAUGUCCAUGUACUGGAGCAGAUGUUCAGGACACCGGGGACUGGUGGAGGGCAGAGCGAUGGGUGAAACGUUUCUGCACACUAGAGUGGAUAGGGACUAGUAACACAAUAGUAUAUUAUUUUUUAUAAUUUAUUAUGGAGUAAUAAAGAGGUUGAAGUGGAUUGAUUAGGUUGGAUGUUUGUAAGAAAUAAACGAUGAUGGAUGCCUUCUGUGUGUUUUGUUCGUUUUUUUUGUUCAGCUUCAAAUCUCAGCAGCUUCAGGAUUUUCGUCACACGAGAUCUCACGUUUCUCUCUGAACAGAGCAGAGGUAAUAUGUAGAAGUUUCUCUUAGGCUAAUAAUGUUUACCAUGGAACCAUGUUUAGGGCACCAUACUGUACACACACACACAUACACACACAUUCACACACACACUCACACACAUACAGUCUCACACAUGUACACACACACACACACACCCAUUCAUACACACAGGCAUUCACACACACAUUCACAAACACACACACACAUACUCACACAUACAAAUUCACACUCACAAAUAUUCACACACACACACACACACACAGGAGCACUUUAGUGUGUCUCCUGCUAUAUAUUAUGGGAUGUAGGAGGAAAUCGGAGAAUUGGAGGAAUCCUGUACAAACAUAGUGGAGAACAUGGAAGAGGAAGAAAGAGCACACAGAGCUCAGAGUGUGUGUGAGUUAAUAUACGAGUCAGACUGUCCUUUU